AUGGUUGCGACUACAGACAAGAAGGCUGCGACUGAAAAGAAGCCCGUUAAGGGUAAGGAGGACAGUAAGAAGCUUCCUGCUGUUCCCGAAUCAGUGCUCAAGCACCGCAAAAGGAGGGAGGCACUCCGCACUCGCCGCCUACAGGUAACCCUCAAGAGGCGUUCAUCUGCUAUUAAAAAGAGGAAGGAAAUCUUCAAGAGGGCUGAACAAUAUGUUAAGGAAUACCGCAUCAGGGAGCGUGAUGAAAUCAGGCUAGCCAGACAAGCACGUAACCGCGGCAACUACUACGUACCCGGCGAAGCAAAGCUUGCGUUCGUCAUCCGUAUCCGUGGUAUCAACCAAGUUUCACCCAAGGUCCGCAAAGUACUGCAGCUGUUUAGAUUGCGCCAGAUCAACAACGGCGUUUUCAUCCGUCUGAACAAAGCAACAGUCAACAUGCUGCGUAUUGCCGAACCCUACAUCGCAUGGGGAUACCCUAAUUUGAAGAGUGUUAGGGAGCUAGUAUACAAGCGUGGUUUUGCUAAAGUGAAUGGACAGCGUGUGCCGCUCACUUCCAACACCAUUGUCGAACAAAAGCUCGGCAAGAGAAACAUCAUCUGUGUUGAGGAUCUCAUCCACGAGAUCUUUAGCGUAGGAGAGAACUUCAAGUAUGCCAGCAACUUCCUCUGGCCCUUCAAGCUGAACAACCCCACCGCAGGUUGGCGCAAAAAGACCAUUCAUUACGUUGACGGCGGAGACUUCGGAAACCGCGAGGACAAGAUCAACGAGCUCCUCAGAAGAAUGGUCUAA